AUGGAGUACGGGUACUUGAGCGGCGCGGGCGGCGGGUUCGAAGGCGGCUGCCUGGGGUCCGGCGGGGGCGAGCUGUCAUGGGGCGAGCUGGCGUCGUGUGGCCAGAUGUCGCAGGCGGCCUACCGCUACCAGGGCAUGCGGUACCAGCCUCCGCCGCCGCAGUGCGCGAGGCCGCAGGACGCCGCCAUGAGAAACCACCACAUCUUCCCGCCCUCGAUGAAUUUGCAACCCGGACUCCCAUACAAAGUGUAUGGCAGUCACGAAGGCUCGCUGACGGAGAAGCGCAAACAGCGGAGAAUCCGGACCACCUUCACUUCAGCACAGCUGAAGGAGCUUGAGCGGGCCUUCCAGGAGACGCACUACCCUGACAUCUACACCAGGGAAGAGAUCGCCAUGAAGAUUGACCUCACGGAAGCCAGGGUUCAGGUGUGGUUCCAAAACCGUCGGGCGAAGUUCCGUAAGCAAGAGCGGCUGGCACAGCAGAAAGCAGGCGACGCUCCGGUGAAGGCGGAGGGCAAGCGGGACAAGCCGGCGUCCCCGGCGACCUCCCCGCACCCCGCGCCCGCCGCCCCUCAGCCCGCACACCAUGCCUUGCCGCACUUGUCUCCGCCAGAUUUAAAGCCCAUCACUUCACAAGCUAACAAGCUGUGCGAGGAAUUGAAUGGCGUCGGCGGUGGAGGCGGGGGGUUGCCGGCCGUGAGCAGCGGCGGCGGCAAGUGGGCCGGCAGCUGCGGCCUGCUGCGCCAGCCCUCCGGGUUCCCGCUGAUCAGCGUCGCGCCACCCAACUAUCUCCUCUCCGACCACCUCGGAUCUCUCGCUAAAACGAACAACCAUCUUUUCUAA